GAGAGAGAGAGAGAGAGAGAGAGAGAGAGAGACUGUCUUGUCGCUUCCGGCUUCAAACAUACAGACAAACAACGCUUUACUACGAGCAGAGAGGUGUCGAGCAGCACGCAUGACAACAGAAACCUCUUUAAAAACUAUUUAUCCCGGGAGCGAAACUGCGAGAGGACCUCACUGCUCGCUCCGGAAUUCCUUAAAGUUUUCCUGAAAUAACCAGAGAGAGGGGGAGAAAGAGAAAAAAAUCGUGGUGGAGAAAGACAUUUUGAAAUCUUCUUCUGUGGAGGAGGAGGAGGAUUUUUUUUUUUUUUUUUUUGGUGAAAAGGUGAAGAAGCAAAAAGGGACCGGCGGCAGCGUCGAACAAGUUCGUCUAUGGAAGAAGCCAAAAACACAUAAGAGGAGUAGUGAAUAAGUUAUUUGGCUGCACAAGAAGACGCGUCUUUGGGCGUUUUGUGUGUCAGACGCACACACAAGAAUCAUCCUCGGGUUAUUGUUGCUGAUAUCAGGCUGUAAUAUUAACUCUGAGCGGUAAAAGUGUCCCGGACAAGCCUCGCAGAGGACGCUGAGUGUCGGGUGCAGAUUUUCUUGCAGUGUGGAGCUGCUGCUGCUGCCGACUGAAUGCAGAAGAAACACUGAAAGCUGUUCUCCAGACCUCCCUGCAGCUUCAGGGGAGAUUGUCAGAUGUGUACCCAGCACUCAGAGCCCCUGGCCUGGCCGCGGGGAUGGCAGCCUCUGCCCUGAACCUGAACGGCCUCGGAGUCAUGAACAGCAGUAAUCAGUUUCACACCCAGCCAGGCUCCUCUAGUACCACCUCCCGAGCUAGAACCAGCCCGGUCGGCCGACCUGUGCUGCCGGUUCCUGAUCGGACCACCUAUUGCCAGUUACUGGGUGGGGGAGCACUGAGUGGAGGUCUCUACAGUCCAACCAGCCCCAAGACGAGCCCCCGGGCGCUGGGUCGAACCUUUGUCUUCCCCCCUUCAUCCUCACUCUCCCCCAGCCCCACCCCUCCUCGCGCUCGCUCCCCUUCCCCGAGAAGCCCGGAGCUCCUGGGAGUCAAUGUGGGCCAGCGGGUUCGACGACUGAGCUCACCCGGCGGUGAGGAGAGCGGGGAAGGAGAGGUGCAGGAGGAGAGGGGAGGAGAGACGGGAGGAGGAGAGAGGCGAGAGGACAGGAGACGCCAGGCACAGCUGCUGCAGAUUCACAGAGAGCUGCAGAACGUUGAGGUCAGGGGAAAAGUGGGCAUUUUCGAGGCCCACAUAUCCGGGAUUCGUGCCCAGGUGCUGAACAACGAGCUCCAACGCAGCCCUCGGUCGCCAAGACGUACGACGAUCCAAGCCCCUUCCCAUCCCGGCCAACAAAACACAACCCCUGAAUGCCCAAUGACCCAACCACAAGAGACUAAAGUUCCUUCUGUUGUCCAGAAUGGAAGAGAAAAGGAGGAUGAAACAGUGGAAGGAGAAAGGAGAGAAGGAAGCAGCAAUGCUAAUAAAACAAACAUGGAAAACAAGACACUGAUUGGUCAAAAUGGCCGCCACUCAGAAGCAAAAAUGCAAACUCCCUGUUUGGAUGGACUGGUUGUUGUUCAGGGUUCCCUUGAGACAUUAGACCCAGAUGCAGCAACAGACAGAGAGAAAGAAGAGGGAGAAAGGCUGAGAGAAAAGGAGGGAGAAAAAGACACAAGGGAGAAAGAAAACAAACAAAUGCUGGGAGACAAAAGAGAAUGGACGGCGAGAGAUGUAAGAGGUGAGAAAGAGGACCGGUUGUGUCCUUAUAUGCUGCUCCAGACAGAAGCAGACAGGUUGGAAGUUAACCCAGAAACCCCUGCUUUACCUCCAAGCAGCGAGAGCUCCUCUUCUUUGCUGGAUAUCACCGAUCAAACCUCCAACCACUCUCCCUCCAUCCCUCCCUCCAUCCCUGCAGUCAUAAUAACUGACCACGGUUUGGAAAACCAGCCUCAAACCUCUGAAGGCCCCGGCUCAGACCAGGGACUAUGCUGCACCCCUAGCCCCAGUUCUAGCCCUAUCCCCGGGCCAAACUCCUCCACCCGUUCCCUCAGGAAGCUGUCAUCCUCCUCGGCCUCCUCGGCUGGUUUCUCCUCGUCUUGGGAGGAGUCGGAGGAGGAUAUUUCCAGCGAUACGGAGAAAGGGGAGCAGCUUCUCAACCCCGCGCUCCUCAGUUCUCAACAGAAAGCACACAAGUCCUGGAAGAAGAUCAAGAACAUGGUCCACUGGUCGCCUUUUGUCAUGUCCUUCAAGAAGAAAUAUCCCUGGAUACAACUGGCUGGGCACGCAGGGAGCUUCAAGGCAGGAGCCAACGGCCGCAUAUUAAAAAAACACUGUGAAUGUGAGCAGCGCUGUUUGUCCCUCCUGAUGAGGGACGUGCUGCGCCCGUUCGUCCCCGGUUACCAUGGAGAUGUAGAGAAAGACGGCCAGAAAUACAACCAGAUGGAGGAUCUGCUGGCGGAGUUCGACUUCCCGUGUGUGAUGGACUGUAAGAUGGGAGUGAGGACCUACCUCGAGGAGGAAUUGACCAAGGCUCGUAAGAAGCCCUCUCCGAGACCGGACAUGUAUCAGAAAAUGAUCGAGGUUGAUCCUGCUGCGCCGAUGCCAGAGGAGAACGACAAGAAAGCGGUGACCAAGCCCAGAUACAUGCAGUGGAGAGAGACCAUAAGCUCCACAGCCACCCUGGGAUUUAGGAUAGAGGGAGUCAAGAAGGAGGAUGGGACAGUGAACAGAGAUUUUAAGAAGACAAAGACGAGAGAGCAAGUCACUGGAGCCUUCCACGACUUCGUCAAAGGAAAGAAAGACAUACUGAACGUUUAUCUAGCCCGGCUGAAGGAAAUCAGAGACACUCUGGAGAUCUCCCCGUUCUUCAAAACCCAUGAGGUGAUUGGCAGCUCUUUGUUAUUCGUUCAUGACAGUAAAGGACGGGCCAAAGUCUGGAUGAUCGACUUUGGUAAAACCACUCCUCUUCCUGAUGGAGAGGAACUAACCCACCGAGCGUCAUGGUGCGAAGGGAACAGAGAAGAUGGCUACCUUUUUGGACUUGAUAGUUUGGUGGACAUCAUUUCAUGCAUGGUGAACUCUGAGACUUGAAGUCUGAGGAGUUUCUAAAUCCAAGUGAACAUUUGGACACACAACCACUUCCAAUUCAGUCUUUAUUUCUAUGGUGAACACUUUGGACUUCCUCAAGGACUUCUUCUCAGAUGCUUGUCCUCUUGUUGGAAAACCGCAUCAUUCCGUAACAAUACGUGGCCGAAUCCCAAUGAUGGAUGCCGUCUCUUUUUUCAUAUUCAGUGGAGAUUCAAGAGCUAGUUCUUCCCCAUUCAUAACCUUUUUAUUGUCCUUAACCUCUAAAGGGCAGGGCAUAAUAGGCCUUUUUCAUGGCAGACAUUUUAACUUGCAAUAGCAGGGAAAGCACAGGUUGCUAAUAACAUUAAUGAGGGCUCAGUUACAUUAAGUGUCUCAAUUGGCUAUGGGCCAGCAUGCACAAUAUCAUUAGUGUUAUUAAUUACACCUGUGCUUUUCCUGCAAUGACAUGUCAAAAUGUCAGCUGUCAAAAGGGUCUUUUUUUACAUGCAUUAUAACCUUUUUUACUGAAAGAAUUCUCCAUUUGAAACUAGAAAACAUACAUUGCUUAAUCCAAAUUAAGUGAGAAGGCUGGGGAUAUUCUAUAUUUUUAUUAUUGUGAAAAAAAUCCCCUGAAAAGACCAAAGCCAUCAAUUUAUUAAUCCUGGUCAUGAAUAUAUAGUUUUGUUUUUGUUUUUUUAAAAAAAGCUAAAUAUAUUUCUUCAACAGUAAUACAUACAUACAGUAGCACUGUAAUAUUACUCAAACAGGAUUAAACGGUGCACAGAGGAACAUGAUUGGCUACAUGUAAGACUUCUUAAUGGGAUACAUUCAUCAUUGGUUUUGGUAUUUUCAUGGGAUUUGCUGAUAAUAAGAAAAAUACACAAUAUCACUUGACAUAGCCACUAUAUUAAAGCCACUAUAUGAGGAAUUUUCUACUAGUGGUCGUUUCAAAAAAGACACUGUGUUUGUCUAAUUUUUCUAGAAAUAAGCACUUAAACCACAACAAUUAGUCACCAUAAUUUGAAAGAUGUUGUAAUCAGAAAAUAUACACAUAUAAUUUAAAAAUGCAAAAAUUCAAAACUCCCGUACUUGACCUUGCCAAUGGUUUGGGGCCUAUUUAAUUUUAAAUAGACUGUCUUGUUCCCAGCUCCUUUAGACUCUAAUAGAGAUAUAAUAGAAGAAAUACAAUUUAUCCCUGAUUCUCACUUGAAUCAGAGUGAAUUGUACUUCUUACUUGACAGAUCUGAACUCCAAUUUAUUGGACUUUUUUUCUGUUUGAUCACAAUUUCAAAAACAUGUCUGCACUUAAUUACUUUUCCACUGUUCGAGAUUGUACAAUUUCUGUGUGUUUUUAACUCAUCAAAACAUUAUUUAGUCGUGUUUUACGGCAGAAAACAAAACUAGUCUUUUUUAGCGGUUUUUCACUUCUGUUUGAACAUUCACACUCAGAGCCGUAGACAGAGUUUAAAAACUGUAAGUUGGUUAUUGAGGUUUUCGAUGGCAGCCAUGUUUUCUCCACAAUAAUCUGGUUAUAACUGGCAGUUAGGUGGAGCUAAAUUAGAAAUCACACAGGAGUUACAGUAUGUUAUUGGAGGGCAUUGUUUCAUAUGUGACAUAUUUGCAGCUAACAUGGCGUCCAUAGUGCUUCCCUAGCCAAACACUUGUCACCCCCUCUCACACUUUGUUGGUGUGAUAGUUCACAAUGUACAGUAAGCUAGAGUUAUUAUGUAGUUUUUUUUUUUUGUAACAUAAUUUUAGUGUACUCAAAAUCCUGUGGAACACUUACAGCCAUGAACAAUCUUAUUUAAGCUAUACAGUGCCUUGACAUUACAAAGCCAAGUCAGACAACUGAAAAUACGUUCUUACUUUUUAAAUGUUACAAUGGAUUUUUCUGCUAGUCUUAACUGUCCGUUUCUUACUUUUAGUCUUACAUGGGUGCAUGUUUAUUAUCCUCUAAGUUUGGUAGCUCACUCUGUUUUAUUUAUAACAUUAUAUAUGGGAUACUGUGACAUUUUGAACUUUGGGCUGUUCUGUUGUUGUUUUUUCUUCAAGCAUGUGUUACAACAUGAGGGAAAGUCAAACUGUAGGGCAGCUGGCUGACACUGUGGACAUCCCGUCUUCAAACCAGAGGAUAUGGCUAAAGAAAAGAUUGAUGUUGUUCAGCUAACGCAUUAAUUUUGGCAGGGAAUUCCAGCUGUUAUUUAGAUGUUGGUUGGGCAGAGGAAGGAGAAAGGCAAAAAACUUUUACUUACUCAUAAUGUAACAUUGAUGAUCAAUAAAACUCAACAGCUUGUUUUUCUCUACCAUAUAUUUAAAAUGCCGUAGUGUUCAGUUGGUGUUUGCAGCGAUGGUAGACGGAGAAAGAGACUGAUUGUAAUUCCAUGCAGUGCCUUCUUAAAGAAAUACUUUGGCAUUUUGGGAAAUGCAAUUAUUCGCUUUCUUUGGGAGAGUUAGAUGAGAAGAUUGAUACCACUCUCAACGCUAAAUAUGAAGCAUUCACUAGCAGCCGGUUAGCUUAGCUUAGCACAAAAGCAGGAAACCGGGGGAAUUAACUAAUGAACGUGUGAUAUCUUGUUUGUUUAAUUAAACAAGUUUUUGCACAGAUUACACAAACAAGAUAUAAUGUGUUAAUUAGUGAGCGUUUGAGGUGCUGUCAGGGGGAUUUUGUUACCUUUGGACAGAGUCAGGCUACCCCCAGUCUUUACCAGUGUUUAUGCUAAGCUAAGCUAACCAGUUGAUGGCUGUAAUGUACAGUUAUGAAAAUUGUAUUGAUCUUCUGUAACUUGCAGUAAGGAAGCGAAUAAGGGUAUUUCCCCAAAUGUUGAACAUUCCUGUAAGACCAACCAUCUUAGCUUUUGCUUAUGCUCCCCAAUGUGCACUUACAGCUGUUUGUUACAAUAGUAGGUAUCAUAUUUGUUCUGGUUUUGCCGGCUUGUGUAUUUAUUUGGAUUGUUCCUUUUAAAAAAGUGUGUAUUUGGUGAACAAAAAACAAAACAAAAAAAAAAGACCUGCUUCCACGUGUGAUUUCUUUGAAUUCUGGUAUCAAAUCAUAUGUCUGAGUUUCUGUGCAUCUGUCUAAAUAUCUGUUAAAUGUCAAGAAAAUAUAAAUUUGUUAUUCAA